CCGAGCUGAACAGACUUGUAGUUUGUUUUCUCCACAGAAAGAGCUGGUAACAACAGAUACACUUUAUCUGAUCCUCUGUAGCAAAGAACUUCUGUUACUCGCGAUAACUUUUUUUUUAUUUUUUUGAAAAAAAUAAAGUUGACUUGAAGUGACAGCAGAGGGGUGAUCAGAGCGCAGCCAGGAUGUCCCAGCAGGCAGUGAACGGGGUGUCGUGUCGGGGGAAGGUGCUGAACGUGGAGAACAUGAACCCCAACGUGAAGCGGGUGGAGUACGCGGUCCGGGGGCCCAUAGUGCAGCGGGCGGUGCAGAUAGAGAAGGAGCUGCGAGAGGGAGUGAAGAAACCCUUCACAGAAGUCAUCAAGGCUAACAUAGGCGAUGCCCACGCUAUGGGUCAGAGACCAAUCACAUUUUUCAGACAGGUGUUGGCUCUAUGUUCUUAUCCAGACCUUUUGGAAGAUAACAAGUUUCCAGAGGAUGCCAAGAAGAGAGCUCGGCGUAUCCUCGAUGCCUGCGGGGGUCACAGUAUAGGGGCCUACAGUGCCAGCCAGGGAAUCGAAUGCAUCCGCCAAGAUGUGGCACGUUACAUCGAAAGGAGAGACGGCGGCAUCCCCUCCAACCCUGACAACAUCUACCUCUCCACUGGGGCCAGUGAUGCUAUUGUGACCAUUCUUAAGCUGCUUGUGUGCGGCGAGGGUCGAGACCGCACAGGGGUGAUGAUCUCAAUCCCCCAGUACCCGCUUUACUCGGCCGCUCUGGCAGACCUGGGCGCCGUGCAGAUAAGCUACUACCUGGAUGAGGACAGCUGCUGGAGUCUGAAUGUGACAGAGCUUAGACGAGCCCUAAACGAAGCCAAGCAGCACUGCAAGCCUCGUGUGCUGUGCAUCAUCAAUCCAGGGAACCCCACAGGUCAAGUCCAGAGCAGGCAAUGUAUUGAGGAUGUGAUCCGAUUUGCUAAAGAGGAGCACCUCUUCCUCAUGGCUGAUGAGGUCUACCAGGAUAAUGUGUACGCUGAAGGCUGCAAGUUUCACUCCUUUAAGAAGGUGCUCUUUGAAAUGGGACCAGAGUUUUCCAGCACUGUGGAGAUGGCCUCCUUCCACUCCACCUCUAAGUGCUACAUGGGAGAGUGUGGAUUCCGUGGAGGCUACAUGGAGGUGAUCAACAUGGACCCGGAGGUGAAGGCCCAGCUCACCAAGCUGGUGUCGGUGCGUCUGUGCCCCCCCGUCCCAGGACAGGCUCUCCUGGACCUGGUGGUGAACCCCCCACAGCCUGAUGAGCCAUCAUACGCUUCAUUCAUGAAGGAACGGAGUGCUGUUCUGGCUGCUCUGGCAGAGAAGGCCAGGCUGACAGAGGAGAUCUUUAACACAGUACCUGGGAUCAAAUGUAACCCGGUCCAGGGCGCCAUGUACACCUUCCCCCGCAUCACUCUACCACAGAAAGCCAUCGACAAGGCCAAGGCUGAAGGAGUCGUUCCAGACAUGUUCUACUGCAUGAAGCUGCUGGAGGAGGAAGGGAUCUGCUUGGUACCAGGAAGUGGCUUCGGUCAGAGAGAUGGAACCUUCCACUUCAGGAUGACCAUCUUACCUCCUACUGAGAAGCUGAAGGUGGUGCUGCAGAAGAUCCGUGACUUCCACUUGAGGUUCACAAGCGAGUUCUCCUAACCGUCCUCCACCUUCUCAGCCUCUGUUCAUGAACCAAUGUCUCCAGUGCCAGUAUCUCCAGUGCCUUUGUGCAAACAAGGAAGCAGCUCUGCAGGAACCAGUUAGAACCCCCAGAGCUCCCAGGCUACCUUUUUAAAAAUGGACAUGUAUGAACUGCAAAUGAAGACGUUUUACACAUCACUACAUGAAGCACUUUGAUCUCUGAGCCUUACAGUUACAGAAGAAUCAUCUCUUGUGGUACAUAGUUUGAUGCCGAAUGAUUUUUGUCUUAAUUUAACCUCAUUAAUUGUGUUAUCCUUUUAUGAAGCUCCAUGCUGAGGUACUUCAGUGUUUAGUUCCAGGAUGUAGCCAUUUAAAAAACGAUUUUAUGAAUGUGGUCGUU